ACCCAAUUGCCUCCUCACUACAUAAAUAGUACCUUUUUUAACCUUUUCUUCUCUUUCAAUCCAAGUUUUCUUUGAUCAUCACACUCUUCAUAUAAUCUAUGAAUUUUACUGUUCUCUCUAAUCAUGAUACUUAGUUACCAGAAGCUUUGCCUUAACUCCUAUUGCAUUUUCAUGCUUCAUGGGUUAAUAUUUUAACUUGUAUUAGCUUGGCACUGCAGGAUUUUGGGGCGCUUAGUUCAGCUAUAAAUACAUGCAAAUUAGCUUCAUAUCAGAGGAAUACUAAGAUGGAUAUCUUCUUUUGAAGUAAGACGAGGUUGUUAAUAUAGAUCAUCAAGAAAUUUCUCUCUUCUCUCUCUCUCUCUCUCUCUCUCUCUCUCUCUCUCUCUCUCUCUCUCUCUCGUCCACUCCACUUCGUGUCUUUGAUUUCAACUGCAGUCACCAGUGGAUGUUAUAGAAUUAUCAACCAGCUGAGAUGGCCAAGAAAGGACCUCAAGCAUGUUCUGUGUUAUUCAAGUUCAUGUUCAUGUUCUUGUUCUUGAAUUUUGGUGUAUUACAUGCAGAGGAACUUGAGCUUCUCUUGUCCUUCAAAUCUUCCAUCAAUGACCCUUUGCAAUAUCUUUCCAACUGGAAUCCCUCUGUUACUUUUUGCAAGUGGCAAGGCAUCACUUGCAGCAACUCUUCUCGCAUUAAGGCCAUUGAUCUCCCAGGGAAAAACAUCUCUGGCAAGCUUUCUUUGUCAGUCUUUCAGUUGCCAUAUAUUGAAACUAUAAAUCUCUCAAGCAAUCAGCUCUCUGGGCAAGUUCCUCCUGAAAUUUUCUCUUGCACCUCGCUUCGAUACCUCAAUCUUAGUAACAAUAAUUUCACUGGUUCUAUACCAAGGGGCUCAAUUGCCUACCUGGAGACACUGGAUCUAUCUAACAAUAUGCUUGCAGGGAAGAUUCCUCAGGAAAUCGGAUCCUUUUCAAGCCUGAAGUUUCUUGAUUUUGGUGGAAAUGUUCUGGUAGGCACAAUUCCAAUCUCUAUAACAAACAUCACAAGUUUGGAAUUCUUGACUCUGGCUUCAAAUCAAUUAGUUGGCCAAAUUCCACGAGAAUUGGGCCAAAUGAGGAGCUUGAAGUGGAUUUACUUGGGCUACAACAAUCUUUCAAGCGAAAUUCCGAAAGAAAUAGGGGAAUUAACUUCUUUGAAUCAUCUUGAUCUUGUCUACAACAAUCUUACUGGAUCAAUUCCAUCCUUUCUAGGGAACCUCACAAAUCUUCACUACCUCUUCCUCUACCAGAACAAGCUUACAGGUUCUAUCCCAAAAUCUAUUUUUGGCCUCAGAAAGUUGAUUUCACUUGAUCUUAGCGAUAAUUUUCUCUCCGGUGAGAUCCCAGAACUCAUUGUUCAGCUGCAAAACUUGGAGAUUCUUCAUCUUUUUUCCAACAACUUUAGUGGGAAAAUCCCAAGUGCUUUAAGUUCUUUGCCUCGUCUUCAAGUCCUUCAGCUUUGGUCUAACAAUUUUUCUGAUGAGAUUCCAAAAGAUCUUGGAAAGCAAAACAAUCUCACUGUAAUAGACCUUUCCACAAAUUCUCUCACUGGAAAAAUUCCUGAAGGCCUAUGCAGCUCAGGCAAUCUCUUUAAGCUCAUUCUAUUCUCAAAUUCACUUGAUGGUGAAAUCCCCAAGAGUUUGAGCACCUGCAAAAGCUUGCAGCGAGUACGUCUCCAAGACAAUAAUUUAUCUGGUGAAUUAUCAACAGAAUUCACCAAACUGCAACUUGUGUAUUUCUUGGAUAUCUCAGGCAACAACUUUUCAGGCAGGAUUGAUGCAAGAAAAUGGGAAAUGACUUCGCUUCAAAUGUUGAGUUUGGCAAGAAACAGAUUUUACGGGGCCUUGCCUAAUUCAUUUGGCAGUGACCACCUUGAGAACUUGGACUUGUCCCAAAACAGAUUUUCAGGAACUAUUCCUAGGACUUUUGGCAGUUUAUCGGAGCUAGUGCAACUGAAGCUAAGUGGAAACCAGCUCUCUGGUGAAAUCCCAGAUGAGUUAUCUUCACUCAAGAAGCUUGUAAGUCUAGACCUCAGCAAAAAUCAGCUCAGUGGCCAAAUCCCAGCUAGUUUUUCUGAUAUGGCAGUUCUUGGCCAACUUGAUCUAUCGCAGAAUCAAUUAUCUGGGGAAAUACCAAUAAAUUUGGGAAGAGUGGAAUCGCUUGUUCUAGUGAACAUCUCUCACAAUAAUUUACAUGGUAGUUUACCAUCCACAGGAGCUUUUCUUGCCAUAAAUGCAAGCGCAGUUGCUGAUAAUGAACUUUGCGGCGGCGAUACUUCCAGUGGUUUGCCUCCAUGCAGAAGGGUAAAGAAUCCUAUGUGGUGGUUUUAUGUUGCUUGUAUUCUUGGUGCUUCUGUGGUUCUUGCUCUUGCUUGUUUUGGAAUAGUGUUGAUUCGAGGACGAAAGAAUUUAGAGCUGAAAAGAGUGGAAAAUGAAGAUGGGAUAUGGGAAUUGCAAUUCUUCCAUCCCAAGGUAUCAAAAUCUGUAACAAUCGAAGAUAUUUUAUCGUCCAAGAAAGAAGAAAAAGUCAUUCAUAGGGGAAAGAAAGGGUUUUCAUACAAGGGGAAGUGCAUCAUAAACGACAUGAAAUUCAUGGUAAAGGAAAUAAAUGAUGUGAAGUCAAUUCAGUCAAAUUUUUGGCCUGAGAUCGCUGAAUUUGGUAAACUUCAGCAUCCAAAUAUUGUCAAGUUAAUUGGCGUUUGUCGUUCCGAUAGGGGUGCGUAUUUGGUCUAUGAGUACGUAGAAGGCAAAAACUUAAGCGAAAUUCUUCGGAGUUUGAGUUGGGAACGACGGCUGAAAAUCGCCAUUGGGAUCGCGAAAGCUCUUCGGUUCUUGCACUGUUAUUGUUCACCAACUGUUCUAGUUGGCUACAUGUCUCCGCAGAAAAUUAUGGUGGACGGAAAAGAUGAGCCUCGCUUGAGACUGAGCCUUCCUCACCUGCGUUGCAUCGACACCAAGUGCUUCAUUUCUUCGGCCUACGUUGCCCCUGAAACUAGACACUCAAAGGAUACAAGCGAGAAAGGUGACAUAUAUGGAUUCGGUUUGAUUCUGAUAGAGAUAUUAACAGGAAAAAGCCCGGCCGAUGCUGAGUUUGGCUUCCACGAAAGCAUUGUAGAGUGGGCUCGGUAUUGCUACUCCGAUUGCCAUCUAGACAUGUGGAUUGAUCCAAUGAUCAAAGCAGACGCAUCAAUUAAUCAGAAUGAGAUGGUUGAAACCAUGAAUUUAGCUCUCCAUUGCACAGCUACAGACCCUACUGCUCGACCAUGUGCGGAUGAUGUGUUCAAAACCCUCCAUUCUGCUUUGACGACAAGCUCCUGCAUUUUAGGCCUAAAAUUUUCUUCAUACUUUUAGUGUUCCAUCACCUAUAAUUUUUGUUCAGGUUUUGAUUUUAAUUUUUUUUCUUCAUUUUUCUUUAUAUAUUGGUUUUCUAGCUAUAUAAGAUGUUAAAAAUGAUUGUUACUCAAAUGUUUUGUUUGAUAAUGGUAAGUUUGACAUACUAGUGAGUGUAAAAA